CACCUUUAUGAAUUUUUCUUUAGAAACAUUCCAUCCAUUCCCAGUCCUUAGUCUCCAGCCAGCGAGCGCCACCGUCGUACCGGCAGCAGCAGCGGAGGAGAGAGAAAGUGAGAAUGGAAGGAAGAAAGGAAGAAGAAGAAGGAGAAAAAGCAGAAUUUGAUCCAUCUGAAAUAGAAUUCUUGAGUUAUGGAGGUGAACAUCACCUCCCAUUAAUCAUGGGUCUUGUUGAUCUCGAGCUCAGUGAACCCUACUCCAUCUUUACUUACCGUUACUUCGUCUACCUUUGGCCUCAGCUCUGCUUCCUUGCGUUUCAUAGAGGAAGAUGUAUUGGAACAGUAGUGUGUAAGAUGGGUGAACAUCGUCAUACAUUUAGAGGCUACAUUGCUAUGCUUGUUGUCAUUAAGCCUUACAGAGGCCAUGGCAUUGCCACCGAACUAGUUACAAGAUCAAUCAAGGCAAUGAUGGAAUCUGGUUGUGAAGAGGUAACUUUGGAGGCUGAAGUCACAAAUAAAGGAGCUCUUGCAUUAUACGGCCGCCUUGGGUUUAUUAGAGCGAAAAGGCUUUUCAGAUACUACUUGAAUGGAGCUGAUGCAUUCCGGCUCAAAUUGUUAUUUCCUCGUCCAGAAUUGCAGCCGUCCUUGCAAGGUCUAGACAUCAAAGAUGAGCAUGAUUAUCACAUUCCAGUUGAAGGUUGUAGCACUAAUUGCUCUAAAUUUUGAUUAAGUAUUGAAAAGUGUAUUCACAUUAGGCUUUUAGCAUCAUUAUUUAUCCAGUAUGAAAAGAUAUGUAUUCCAGCUGGAACAAUUUCAUCAGAAAUGAUAAGUUAAUCUUCUCUUAAAGGAGGCCCUUUGUGUGUAGAAACAAAAAGAGAUGAAACAAUAUAUAGGCUGCCAGUAGACACACAAAAUUGAACUAGUUACCCACCCCAUUUGGGAAUUUGCUCUCUUUCCUA